AUGUCCGACGACGAGCAGCACAACCAGACCUUCGAGCAGGCCAACGCUGGGGCCUCCUUGACGUUCCCCAUGCAAUGCUCUGCUCUUCGUAAGAACGGUCACGUCGUCAUCAAGGGCCGUCCCUGCAAGAUCGUCGACAUGUCCACCUCCAAGACCGGGAAGCACGGUCACGCCAAGGUCCACCUUGUCGCCAUUGACAUCUUCACUGGCAAAAAAUUGGAGGAUAUUUCCCCCUCCACCCACAACAUGGAUGUCCCUAACGUCUCCCGUAACGAAUACCAGCUCGUCAACGUCGACGAUGGCUUCCUCAACUUGAUGACUGCUGAUGGUGCCGCCAAGGACGAUGUGAAGGUCCCUGAGGGUGACCUCGGCAAGCAGAUCGAGACCGACUUCAAUGACGGCAAGGAUUUGUUGGUCACCAUCGUCUCCGCCAUGGGCGAGGAGCAGGCCAUCUCCGUCAAGGAGGCCCCUAAGGGCGCUUAA